AUGUUCAGCUCCGUUCGACUGGUCCAAGAAGUUUCGAGAUCUGCUCCCUCUUCUUCUUCUUCUUCUUCUUCUUCCUCCACCACAACCUCCUCCUCCUCCUCCUCUUCUUCUUCUCCAGCACACGCCACCGUACCUGAUUCCAGCAACAACAACAACAGCAACAACAACAGCAGUAGCAGCCCUGAGGUUGUUUUGUCCGUCGAUACCAACACUCCAUCAGCAACAGACGAAUCGCCUUCUCAUGACCGCUCGUCCUUACGCCAGGAUCAUCAGCACCAGCAACAGCCUUCGCCCUCAUCACCUUUUUGGCCGCCUCAUUCCGUACAACCUAUGCCCUUUUCGUUCAACAACUAUACGCCUGCCACACCCAGCCUACCUCUCUGGAUCUCAUCGUACAGUUAUAAUAAGCCAGCUCGGGGCAUCCGAAGUUUAUUUCUCGGUAUGACCCAAUCGUCAUCGCCACAAGCUGCUAUUGCUGGUGCUCCUGCUGGUGGAACUGCUGCCAUGUCAACACCACGAACACAUACUCGGAGAAACUCGAGACACGUACGACGGUCAUCAAGGCAGAUAUACGCAACAAAGCAGCCGGGCGGCGGUGGUAGACGUGGGAGCAGGACGUGGAGUAUGGCAGCAGGAGGUCUCAAGACGGACGCCAAAGACAAGUCAAAAUCACAAAAGCUGCUAUGCUUGUGGCCGCUUCCAGUGAUUACGCGCUACACAAUCCUGAUCUCCCUGAUCGUCUCCUCACUGAACUUUUUCAACUUGCUUAACGUGACCUGCUCCUCACCAUCCUUUGUCAUCUACCGACUCGAAAUCCUGAACAUGCUCUUGUCCACGUUUCUAUUCGACUGGUCACUGCAAGGCAUUCUUUUGUUCAGCUGGAACAUCCUGGUGCUCGGGCUAUUCGAAGGUUCGCUGACGCAUAUGCUCGGAGGGACUCGACGCUUUAUGCGCGUUCUGUUCGGUAUCGUCCUCGGGGUGUUUGCUGUCCGACAAGCUCUCGGGUAUGUGUUUUCAAAGUCGACUGGGUGGGCUGUGCCGAUGCUCUUCUUUAGCAACUCGAUGCACGAGUGUAAUCAAGGUAUUGCUCCGUUUCUCUUUGCUUUGCUUGUUAUCCAAUCGCUGAGCAUCGACGACAAGUACAUUAUGAUCUACGGCACUGCCGACGAUCUCGACCAAAAAGUGACUGUCCGCAAAGUCACGCUCCAGCUCUUCAUGUGUCUUGUCAACUACACUACCAAAAACAUCCUGUGGUGGUCUCUCACUGGAUUGCUUACGGGAUUCAUCGUGGCCCAAGUGACAUACACCUGUCUCGUUACGCGCAACGCGCGACAGCAGCAGCGCGACCUGUGGGAUACGAUGAACAACAGCAGCAUCAAUAACAGCAGUGGAAAGGAUGUUAUCGAAGAGUACCAGCGCAGCAGCAAGUCGACUACGCCACUGUGGCGUCUGCUGUGGUCUGCGCUAAAAAAAGGAACAGCUGUCGUUAUGAUCACGUUACCGGUCCUGUUUAUUUUCAACAGCUACUACCAUUCUCGGGGGUCACUGGUCGAUCCUGCUACUCUGAAUCAGCUGACCAAUGAUCGAUACAUGUUUACUUUUGUUGUCAUGACUGCGCCACGUCGGGGUGAUCCGCCACUGCUGUCCAGGACCUUGUCGUCGUAUCUCGCGAACUGGCCCGUCGAUCCAGAGCCCAACUCGCUGUACAGCCGGAUACAAAUCAUGGUUUACACCCAUUUCAGCAAUCACUCCCAGUUUGAUGUUGCCAGGGAAAAGUUCUCCAACGACUUGAAGGGUCAGCGCUAUCUCAAGUGGGUGCGUGAGGAAGGCGAUCAAAUGAACCAGCGACUGCAUGUGUCCAAGGCGCUCCAGCUGGCUGCUGACAGUUUCCAGAGUACCUACAUCUCUUUGGUCGAGGACGACUUUCCUGUAUGCGGAUCCGAUGCCUGGCGGAAUAUUGAAAAUGUCAUUUACGAGGCAAACGAACAUGCCCCGGAUCACUGUGGUGUCUUUGUUGCCACUGGUGGAAGUGGUCUCUUUUUGAAGCCACAUGUUGCUCGACUGGUGUCAGAUCUUCUUGUACAAUAUAAGGAGACGCCGCCAGACAUUGUCAUCCAGCGGUGUUUGCGUGGUGAAUUGCCAGAAUGCAGUCAAUGCAAGCAGGCGCUGGUGACCAGCAAAACACUACUUAUGCACCAUAUCGGAUUCAACACAUCCACGAGCGAAGAUCGCGUAUAUACCAAGGACCAAUUCCAAUGUGGCUGGCGACAUCCAUUUAAUGGCGAUCCCGGUGUAAUCACGCUGUAG